GCUGAUGAUCCUGAUCCAGCAAAGUGGAAGGCCCAGCUGCGCUGUGCACUUAACAAAAGUCGAGAAUUUAAACUGAUGUAUGAUGGAACCAAAGAAGUUCCAAUGAACCCUAUUAAAAUCUAUGAGGUCUGUGACAUUCCUCAAUCCCAAGGCCCCAUCAUAAACCCAGGUUCUACUGGUUCUUCACGAUGGGAUGAUGAUGAGUAUGAAGAGGAUGAUAUAAGUCAGUCACAGAUUCAUGUCCCAAUCCAGGAGCCCUUUAAUGGCCUAACAAUCAAUGAUUCUCCCAUGGCCCCAGCAAGCCUAGGUAGCUGUACUCCUGAACCAGACUGGCCAAAGUCAGAACCGCAAGACAUGGAGGUUCCCCAGACCCCAUCAGGGGUGGACCUUUUCGGCUCUCCUGAAUUGUGGAUUAGCUCCCUACCUAUGACAGAUCUUGAGAUCCAGUUCCUCUACAGAGGCAAAGAAAUGGGACAGACAAUGAAUGUCAGUAACCCUCAAGGCUGCCGGCUUUUCUAUGGUGACCUAGGUCCAAUGCCCAACCAAGAAGAACUUUUUGGUCCUAUAAGUCUGGAGCAAGUGAGAUUUCCAGGUCCAGAUCAGAUUGUAAAUGAGAGGCAGAAGUUGUACACUAGCCGCCUGCUAGAUGUUAUGGACAGAGGACUUAUCUUGGAAGUAAGUGGGCAUGCCAUCUAUGCUGUUCGACUUUGCCAGUGCAAGGUUUACUGGACAGGACCGUGUUCCCCUUCACCAAAUAUUCCGAAUCUGAUUGAGCGCCAGAAGAAAGUUAAACUUUUCUGUUUGGAGAGCUUCUUAAGUGAACUAAUUUCUCAUCAAAAAGGAAGUGGAGCUAAGCAGCCUCCAUAUGAAAAAUAUACCUGUGUUUUGGAGAAGAGUGGCCUGAUGGUAAACCAAAGGAGAGGAAGCUGAUUAUUGUGCAGAUCAUUCCUGUGGUUGCUCGAAUGAUUCUUGAGAUGUUCUCUGGAGAUGUCACUCGAUCCUUUGAAAGUGGAAGUGUUCGCUUACAAAUUUCUAUUCCUGAUAUUAAGGAUAACAUUGUUGCCCACCUCAAACAGCUUUACCGCCUCCUACAGAAUCAUCAGGGUCCAGAACCCUGGCCAAUGAUAGCACAUCAGAAUCUGCACCCUGCAAAUCUGCAGCCACCAAACCUACAUAUCGCUCAGGCACUGCAAGCUCAGUGA